AUGGCUGGUGUUUUCUGUGAAUGGCGCAGGCUGCCGGUCAGCCUCGGUGAAUUGUGCAUUAAUACCACGCUUCGUUGCGGUCAAUCUUUCAGAUGGCAGAACAUCCCCGAAAGCCAGGAGUGGCGAUGCGUCCUUUACGGUCACCUUCUCUCUUUGAAACAAGAUUCUAGCUAUCUAUACUACCGCGCAUAUCAACCUCAACCUCCCACCUUGCCAACCCCACCUUCCUCGGAGAUUCCCUCUCGUGCGGAAUCAGAUACAGAAGUCGCGGACAGCAAGACAAAUCUAUGCAACUCGCAGGAUGACCACCUUGUGCACAUCUUAAAACAUUACCUCAAUCUCUCAUCAAAUCUUAAAGAACUCUACGCACAGUGGUCAUCAUCGGAUCCCAAUUUUAAGAAAAAGGCCGCUGAAUUCAGUGGCAUUCGCAUCUUACGCCAGGAGCCAUGGGAGGCUCUGGUUUCAUUUAUUUGCAGCAGCAACAACAAUAUUCCUCGAAUUUCGCAAAUGGUGGAUAAACUGUGCAUCAAUUAUGGCCCUUUCGUUGGCACGGUUGAUGGGCGCGCAUACCACGAUUUUCCUGCACCGGAGGCAUUGACAGGCAAGGAUGUGGAGAGUCGCCUACGCAGCCUGGGCUUCGGAUACAGGGCGAAAUAUAUCCAUCGCACGGCCAUCAUGGUCUCUCAGGAGCGAGAAAAUGGAUGGCUGAAUGGUCUCUGCAAUCCGGAGUCGCCUGCAUUUGGCAUAGAGGCCAAGGCAGGAAGCGAAAUGAAGCCUGAGGGCCGAGAAGGUUAUCGCAAAGCUCAUGAAAAACUGCUUGAAUUACAAGGUGUUGGGCCUAAAGUAGCAGACUGUGUGUCCCUAUUUGGCUUGGGAUGGGGGGAGUCAGUGCCGGUUGAUACACAUGUCUGGCAAAUUGCCCAGCGAGACUACCGAUUUGGCAAAGGUUCUCAGAAAUCUUUGACCAAAGCAACCUACGACGCCAUUGGCAAUCAUUUCCGCAAACUCUGGGGCCAGGAAGCUGGAUGGGCUCACAGUGUGCUCUUUACUGCUGAUCUAAGAUCAUUCGCUGACCGACUUGCCGCCACGAAGAAGGUCAACGUGAAAGUGAAGGAGGAAGACUCGGAGGUGAAGAUCGAAACAGAAGUGACGACGGCUGUUGCUUUGACUGCGCCGAAAGAGGAAGUCGAGGUCAAGCUAGAAGAUCUGGAGCGAAAACUUGCCGAAACGUCUCGAGGAAAGAAGCGAAAGGGGUCGACAACAGAAAUUGUCCAUGCAUCUACGACUACGGAGACUAGGCGCAUGUCUAAAAGAUUGCGCCCGUGA